GAAAUCAACAGCACUGAACUGUGGGUUUUCCAUUUACGUUAUAUUUUCUUCGUAUUUUCAAGUGAAAAGCAUCAAUGUAACACAGUCCGAAGUAGCGAUCCACAUCAAUGUGCAGUUUCAGUUUAUAGAAUACAUAAGAGCAAUAUAUACUUAUGCUGGCCAAAGGAAUUAAAAGAAAAUAUCAUGACUUGGAAGAGGAGCCGAAGAAAGGAGUGGCGAAUAUGUACUGUGAACAGCGCCAGUCCUUUCUCAAUAUCUCACUGGUCAAACUGCGCACUUGUCACAAUGUUACUGAGCCGUGCUUGCUGCGAUCAGUGCUCAUCUGUAACACUCUGAAGCAGAUUGAAAACGAGAUUGCAACGGAAAACCAUAGGAGACAGCCAUGUGACAAUGUCGGGGUGGAGAAGAAACUUAGCAGGCCAUGUGUUGUGAGCAGUGAAGAGAAUGAACGGUGCAAAUCUGUGGCAGGAAUGACUACAUUGGAGGUUGCCAUGGAGACAGAAGAGGGUGCACAGGUUAUCUGCGGGACAGGGGAUCAAAUCGAGGGGCGAACUUUGCAAAAUAGGGUUGCUUGCAACGAAAUUAAAAAACACUGCACCACUGAUAUUUCUAUGAGCUUGCUAGAAGCAUGUGAGGAAGAGUUCAGUGAUAUCGACGUAUCCCUCUAUGACUUUGAUUUAUUCAUGCCUCUUUCUCCAAAGAGUACUGAAGAUGUAUGGAAGCCGUUUUGUUUUGAAAAGAGCAUAGCAGAUAGUUUAUCAUCUCCGUGUCGAACUGAUGUUGCAGAUGAACUUGAUCAGAUCAUGAACACUCUUAUUGAAGUGGGUAUGUAA